AUGGCGCCCACACAAAGCAAAGUCUACCGCUUACGAGGGAUUCCUGAGCACCUGGAUCGCCUUGGUGUGACACAGCUCGUCAGCACAUUUGUCCCCGGCGGCGACCUCCGAGAUGUCAUUGUAACAUCUUUGGCUCUCAGCUGCGAAGUGUGGACCGUUUCGCGCUCCAAAGUGGCUACUCUGUCAUUUCAGAAGCUCCCUGAUGUUGUCAGCAAAGAUCCAACAGCAGGAGAGUGGCCACUACGAGUGCUUGCUCUGGCUAAACCGUUGCUCCUGGAUGAUACCUUUUUUGGACUGUGUCCUUUAAACGACGUCCCGGAACACCAACACAAAUAUGACUGCAUUGUCAUGUCAGGCCUUGCCAGCCAUCCUAUGGGCUCAUGGCAGCCGCAUGGAGAGGACAAAUCAUUCAUGUGGAUCCGAGACACCCUACCUCUGCUAGUGCCUAAUGUCAAGUUUAUUCUAUAUGGCUACGACACAACGCUGGCUGAAAGCAAGUCAUUCCAAUCGGUAUCAGAUCUCGCUUCAAGCUUCAUCAGCACUCUUCAGCAAGGGGGCUGGACUUCAACUGGCCACAGACAGCUGUUGUUCUUCGCUCAUAGCCUCGGAGGUGUCGUUCUAAAGGAAUCCUUUCGUAUGCUAGCUGACAGCGGGGUGAUGGAUGAAUUGAUCUUGACUCGCACAAAGGGAGCCAUCUUCUUUGGAGUUCCGAGCCAGGGUCUAGACGUCUCCGAUCUCGACAUCAUGUUGAAAGGUCAACCAAAUAAAGAUGCACUUGUAAAUGAAAUCUCAAACGAAUCUCCAUUCAUCGAUAUGUUAGAAGAGCAGUUUUCAGGCAUCUCCCAUCUCCGAAAAAUGAAGCUUCUGUGGGCAUAUGAAACCAAGACAACUCCCACACUAACGAUGGUUGAUGGGGAAUAUCGGAGAUCUGGACCCGGAAGAGUUUUCGUGUCUCCUCAAUCUGCAACUGGCCAACGAUGUACAACUGACCCAGCUUCCACAAUACAAAUAAACGCAAAUCACUCGGACAUGGUCAAGUUCUCCCAAGGAAAUGAAGCAAUUGAUCGGAUCGCGUACAAGCUUCGGGACAUGCUUGAAAGCGACGUUGCGAAACCUCACGGGGGGGUGAACAACACAGCCGUUGAAAAAACAACGGCCUUGCGUGGAAAUCACCAAAGAGCUGAAAGCGCAAUGGAGCAUGUUGAUAAUUCCCUUGAUCCAGAGUUCUGGGAUACAAAUUCCAUCAUAAAGUCGAUCAAUGCUCCUGAACGCGAUCUCCGACUAGAACAAAUCGACGUAGCGGCCGGACAUUCUUUCCAGUGGGCAUUUGAGAAUUCUUCGGUCGGAUUGACUCGCUGGCUUCAAAGUGAAGAAGAAUUGUUCUGGAUAUCCGGGAAGCCCGGGUCUGGAAAGUCCACAUUCCUAAAGUACCUGCACACCAAUCCGCUCACCUCGAAAUAUCUACGCAACUGGUAUCACAGUACCAAUCAUGUUCAAGCGACCUUUUUCUUCCACCAUCGUGGUACCGCCAUCCAGAAGUCGCUUGAAGGCCUUUACCGUGGAAUACUGGGCCAGAUUCUGGAGCAAGCUCCCCAAUCGUUAUUUGUGAUCCAUCCAAGUCUUUCGCAGACUUACGCAGAAGUUGUUCGCAGCCACAACCUUGGAACUCUUUCCUCAGAUUUGGCAGCUUUGGUCAGUUCAUGUGAGAUUACUCAAGACGAUGAAGUUUCGAGACAGCUCCAACAUGUUUUGCUGUGUGAAAUGCCCCGCAGAGCUUUUCGCACAAUGGUUAUGAAGCCAAUGCAAGCCAGUGGUACAAUUGGCGAAGAUACGGAGACUUUGGAACAGAUAUUUCAACACCGACACCACUUUCAGACAUUCACAUAUGCUACAAACAUUGCUCACACAGAUAACAAGAACAGAAACGCCCCCACUAGCUUGGCUCUUUGGAUUUCCAAAAAUCUAGUAUUCACCCAAGAUAUAACCAACCAGGAUAAGGGUGGUUUUGUCAAUGUCGAUCUUUUAAUCUCCAAAAACACGCGCUCUAUUGCAAAACCUACGUUCAAAAGCAACAAACGCGUCUUUGCCACUCUAGAUCUUUUCAUCUCACAAAAGCGAGUUUAUACCACCGAUAUCAUCUACGAUGAGAAUAAGGAUAUACUUGCUGAAGUAGAGGUUUUUACUUCAAAAACUCUACGAUAUUCUACGACUGUUGCAAAGAAUACUUUUUCAGCUUCGAAAUCCGAAAAUGAAUGGCCAAAGGGAGAGCAAGUCGCCUCUACGAUCCAAGAUUGGCUAGUAGCCAUUGAUCCAGUAGCACAAUUCUCACAGCUCAAAACACUACUAGAAAAUCGCACAAAACAACAUGAACACCAUCAAGUUGAUAAGUCGGUGAAGGAAACUCUCGUCCGAUUCUUUUAUCGAAAAGAGCAGCAGCAGCGCAUUGAGGCAGCACAUUGGAGUCUGCAACAACUCAGCGACGCCAUGGACAGGGUCGCCAGUCAACGCUUGAUUGACUUGGAUCUCUGCUUACUCCUCGAUGCUUUGGAUGAGCAUGAUGGACCUCCUGAGGUUAUUUCUCAUUUCAUCAAGAAAUUUACCACUGCUGAAAAAAGUCGAACUAGAAUGAAGAUACUUUUCUCAAGUCGGCCCUGGCAGCCAUUUAUUGAUGCCUUUGGGCAAAAUUCUGGGUUUCAAAUACAUGACUUUACCGAAGACGACAUUCGCGAGCUUUGCUUGCAAAAGACAAUCUCGGGUAAACCAGGUUCGGCAGAAGUACUAGAGUUGACAGAGCAAAUUGUCAAACAGGCCAGAGGCGUUUUCCUGUGGGUCAAGCUGGUUCUAAGCGAUCUUUUAGAAAAUGCUGCCAAAUUGGCUGUCUCUGGAUACAGUACAGGCCAACUUCACGCAGCCCUCAUUGACAUUUUGAACUCUCUACCGAAUGAUCUAGAGCAAUAUUACAAACUAAUAAUCACCAGAAUACCCUCUUCAUACCGCUGGGAGGCCUAUUGCUUGCUCGAAGUUAUCAGCAAAUCAGCAGACGCAAUAUUUCUUUCUCAAGUCUCAGACAUUCUAGCCUGCGCCAGAGCGAAUAGCGUGGACGAUCUUUUUGCGUUAAAGGCUAGGUCUCGAGAUGCCGCCCACAGAUAUUCCAACGGAGAACUCAGGACUCACUCAGGCGGCUUGAUUGAGGCUGUUGGUUCAAACCAGCUCCAGUUACUUCACCAGACCCUUAUUGAAUUCGUUCAGCUCCCCGAAUUCAAAAACCUCAUUCUCGAAGACAGGUAUCGAAUUACAAAGGAGAAUGGCUAUUCAAUACUUUUGAAGUAUACAGUGUUUAGGGAAGACCUGCUACACCAAGAGUAUCACAACCUCCAUUCACCCGUGGUGACUGUGAGCAGUAAAGCCCUCUAUUACGCGCGGGAAGCAGAGUCGACUACAGGGGAAAGCGCAUUUGCCCUCUUUCAGCAUGUGGUCUGGGAGCCACCUCCUGAAGAUAAUUUUCUUCCGAAAAUUGGAAAUCUAAAGUACACGACCCUGGAGAUUGCCAUAGCCUAUGGGUUAAAGUUACUCUGUAACGAUGUCUUGAGGCGUGAUGCCCGUGUUAAUCCUGACAGAGCUCCGCUGGUAUUUCUUCUAUUGCGAAACAUGGUUAAAGGGGGGAGAAUCGACAGUGCCGGCGCUCUCAAUACACUUCAAGAUAUGGUGGCUCAAGGGUUCCCGAUCCACAACAGCCAUAUAGGCUUCCUGACGAUACUGACCACUCUAAUUGAUGAAAGACCUCAGAUAGUCAUGGAAGGCGUGGCAUCAAGUAUAGGUGCCACGCCCGUGAUAGCCUUCUGUCGGGAGGUGCUGGACACACUCUUUGAACCGAAUUUUAGCUUUGUGUGUCACAAGGGAGGCUUGGAAGUUGAGGAAAUUGAUCUCUUCAGGAUGUUUUUGGGAAUGUACGGCAUAAAAGAUACUGCCCAAGCCAUUCACAUCUCUGCUGAUGAUGAGAUGACAAGAUAUCUUCUAGAGAACGGCGCCAAUCCUAACGAAUUGACUACGGAAAGGCUGACACCGAUCGACUGCCGAAUAAAAGACAUUCCAACGAAUAUAUUUCCUCGAGAACUUGGCCAUAUCGUAUCGUCUAUUACGAUUCUCGUCGAGCAUGGAGGGCGCUUAAACGUGUGUACCCGAAAGAAAUGGAACAAGCUGGUACAAUGGAUGAGUGCCACCACCUCCAUCAGCCUGCCACCGUUUCCAGGAUGGCUUGACGGAGCACCAGGUGCAAGUCGAGGGAUCGACUUUGACAUACGAAGUGUCAAGAGGCGCUCUAGAAACUUUAUGAAAUUAUGGAAGCGCGGAUGA